UUGUUUUUGGAAAAUGAAAAUAGAAAAGAUUUUGCCAUUCAAAGGAAUCGGCGGCAAAAACAAAACAAAAAGACUGUAGAAUUAAUUCAUUUCCCUCCAUUGAAGAGCCUAUCUAGAACUUGAGUUAGAGCGAGAGAGAGUUAGGGUUGGAGCAUUGCAGCCAUGAAAAUAGAGGAAUCAGAAGAUCCAUUUCUUUCAUUCGUCGAUUACGCUACCUCCGUGUUAUCUCCCACUCAACAAGAUGAAGGAGACAGCGGCCCCGGGUGGAGCUGGAUAGCGUCUCGACUACUCAAAACUUGCACCUCAUAUUCGAGCGGAGUCACCCCUGCUAUUCUCCUCUCCGAUCUUUUUCAGGCGUGGAAUGAACAAUGCAGAACGGGAUCCUCAUCUAAGAGAAGGCCGGAUAUUGUAAAUCAAAUGAAGAAGAAUCACAAGAGGACUAAAUUGCCUAAUACCGUCACAAUUGAUUCUAUUUACGAAAAGAAUUUCCUUUCGUUAAAUAGUGUUUUGGAAGCUGUUGUCGUUGAUGCUUUUGUUCUUCCUGGUACCAAUAUUUAUAUGCUUUCUUUGGGUGAUUUUUGGAGCUCCAAUACCAUUGAACUUUAUCUUCACCGACGAUACUAUGACUUGAUGGAUCCUCGUAGUGGAAUCUUGAAGAAGGGGAGGGAAGUUUUGCUUACAGGAUGCUAUCUGCGGACUGCCAGAGAAGGAUCUGGGUGCACCCGACUUCUGCCUACAGAAUAUCUUGUGCUAUUGUUAGAUGAUGACCAGGAUGAUGAUGCCAUGCUGAUAGCAGCUCAAUUUUGUUCAGAUACCUUCUCUUCCAUUUCUCUUAAUGGGCCGAGUAAUGGAGAGUCUUAUUCAUUACAUGCAAGGAUUGAAUCUAUUGAGUCAAUGGAAGUCAAAGGAGUAUUUGAUAAUGUGCAGAGAAAAGAAAUCACUCUUGUUGACAAUGAUGAAGUCCGCCUGAAAUUUCUCUUAUGGGGUGAGCAGGCUGUCCUAGCUAAUCUUUUCAGUAUUGGAAGUAUGCUUGCACUUGAUAGACCAUAUAUUGCCAGUUCCAAAGAGAGUGGUGUUGAAACAACAAGUGAAAUUUGUCUUGAAUAUGGUAGUGCAACACAACUAUUUUUGGUGCCUUUCACUCAACAUGAAGAGCAAGUGCAAGUGGCCUUGACACAAAAUCGAUAUCAAGGAUCAAAACUGAUGAGUUCGGAUCCUAGUCAAGGGCCUAAAGUUUCACAAGUGUCAUUACCCUGCAAUUCUCAGGGAUCCGUUGACUUCACCAAUUAUCCUUUUCGAUCAUUUGUUAUUGAUCUUCAUGAUAAGAUGUCUAGCAUCAGCCUCUACGGUGUUGUGACAGACAUUUUCUGUGAAAGAAAAACCAAAGAAGCUAUUUUCUUUUUAAUGAUUGAGGAUUCAACAGGAAAAAUUCGGGUAAAGCUGCACUUCUCUAAAUCUUGGUCUCUGGGGAGAUUGGGCCUUGGUCACACUAUCUAUGUAUCUGGUUUAUCAUGCUACAAAACAAAACAAAAAAUUCUUGAGGUUUCAUGGGUUGAAAAUGAAGUUGGAGCUUUGUUUGUGAACCUUAGUUGCCUGCCAGCUUUGCUAAAUUCACCUUGUCUUCAACAAUUAUCUUGCCUUUCGGAUCUAUCCUGUGAUGCUAGUUGUACAUAUAUUUGUCGUGUUCGGCUUGAUCAAGUUGAUCAGUGCCAUGUCAGUACAAGAUAUGCACAUUCUGUUUGUGGGCGUGCUGCAAUCCAGAAACCUGAUGGGUUUACGGAGUGCAGUUUCUGUAAAAGCAAUUGUAAUGAUGAAGUUGUACGUACUUUCCACUUGAAAAUCACUCUCGCAGAUAAGAGUGCAAAGAUGUUUGCAUGGUGCACAGGCCAAACUGCAUCAGAGUUGCUGCAAAUAUCGGCGGAUGACUUCUACGAGCUUCAUGAGGACGAACAGUUUAUGUAUCCUUCUUCACUGGAGAAUGAGAGCUUCAUUGUUGCAUUAGUAAAUAGCAAGAGAGAAGGUUAUGGUCUCCACGGUCUAACCCUGGAGACCGAUACCGUUUCCUGGGAAAUAACUCGUGCGCUAAGGAAUGACUAAUAAGCAUUUCUGAGAAUUAGCAAGCAAAACUUUUUUAACACUGAAAGGGCGAGAUGAUGUUUGGGGCUGCAAAAUUCUUUUUGUUCGUGAAAUUAAAAUGUGAAAGUAAAUAGAUUGUGUUUACUUUGGGUAGUGAUAGAAUGAUACGUUUGUGUAUAACAUGAUUUAUACAGGGCAUUAA